GCCAUGGUUCACACUGAAUUGUUUCGCAAGCUUCCUUUUUCUAAGAGGGAGGUGCCCGUGGCCAGUGGAUCUGGGUUUAUAGUGUCCGAAGAUGGACUGAUUGUGACAAAUGCCCACGUGGUGACCAACAAGCACCGGGUCAAAGUGGAGCUGAAGAGUGGCGCCACCUACGAAGCCAAAACCAAGGAUGUGGAUGAGAAGGCGGACAUUGCACUUAUCAAAAUUGACCACGAGGUAAGUGUGUUCCCCACCCGCAGAACCGAGUUCUCAGGGGCCCUGGCUAAAUGUGGCAAAACCUGGAGAGGUCACAAGACACCAGAGCUCCCCGAUUCCAAGAGAUUCUCAGGGAGAGAGCUGAGGCUGGACUGA